CUAUCAAAGGCGUUCCUAAAGUAUUUUACAGCAUGCAAGCAACUUCUGACGUGUCGCAGUCGUGGACGAAGAGCACUCUCUAUCAAGAACUUCAGAAAAUCUUACAAGGAACCAGGCAAUCUGGAACCUAUAAAGCCGAGAGAGUGAUAACCAGUCCUCAAGGAUCGAAGGUCCAGGUGCAAGGAACAUCCUCAAGCGUAUUGAAUUUCUGCUUGGCAAACCAUCCAAAAGUGUUAGAAUCUGCUAAGCUUGCACUAGACAGUCAUGGUUUUGGAAUGGCUUCCGUACGUUUUAUUUGUGGUACCCAAGACAUUCAUAAGGAGCUUGAAAAGAGAAUCGCAGAGUUCCAUGGGACGGAGGAUACCAUCGUAUUCCCUUCUUGUUUCGAUGCGAAUGCUGGUUUUUUUGAAGCCAUCUUAGGCCCAGAAGAUGCAGUUAUAUCAGAUGAGUUGAAUCAUGCCAGCAUAAUCGAUGGCAUUCGUCUUUGCAAAGCCCAGAGACUGAGAUACAAACACUUAGACAUGGAAGAUUUGGCAGGGAAACUUGAACAAUCACGAAAUGCUCGAGUACGUCUGAUAGCAACGGAUGGUGUAUUUUCUAUGGAUGGAGACAUUGCUCCCAUGCAGGAAAUCUGUAAAUUAGCGGAUAAAUAUGAUGCUUUCGUAUUUGUGGACGAAUGUCAUUCCACAGGUUUCCUAGGCAAAAGAGGAACAGGUACUGCGGAACAUUGGAAUGUAUCAUCUGAUCGGAUAAUUUGCAUCAACAGCACGUUAGGUAAGGCAUUGGGAGGUGCUACGGGUGGAUUCUCAACAGGAAAGAAAAUAAUUGUUGAUGUGUUGAGACAGAAAGCUCGACCCUAUCUUUUUUCCAAUACAUUGGCCCCUUCAGUUGCCUCAGCCAGUAUUACUGUAUUUCAGAUUCUUUCUUCAGUGGAAGGCCAACAGUUGAGAGAAAAACUAUGGAAAAAUACGGUUCACUUCAGGACCUUAAUGGGACAAGCAGGCUUUGAUGUAAGAGGUGGUGUUAACGGUCCUCCUAUUGUUCCAGUAAUGCUGGGAGACGCUGCAUUAGCCUCUCAAAUGGCAGAUGAGAUGCUGAAGGAGUCGUGCAAGAAUACGUGUUCAAAUAUCAGCGGCUCACUCGACAGAUGAUAUUGACAAGUUGGUGAGUGCUUUUAUUUCUC